AUGCACGAUGUAACAUUAGCCUUUCAACACCCGUUUAUGAUGACGAUAUGCGGGCCGACACAAUCGGGUAAAACACAUCUAAUGGUUGAAAUGAUAAAAAACAUUGACGAACUGAUUGUACCAACACCAGACAAACUAUUGUACUUAUACACAGCUGAACAACCAAUAUAUGCAGAAAUAACACACCUUGUUGCUGAAAGACGUGAAACAUCCGCACUUAAAAGUUGUGAGUUUUACGACUGUACACGAUUGGGUAUACCCACGAUAGAGAAUAUAAGACCGCUGUUGGGUCAACGCACCCUACUUGUUCUUGACAACCUAAUGGUUUUUGCAAUGUCGAGUAGGGAAAACACCGAAAACUUAAACAAUUUAGCGACACGCGAUAGCCAUCAUUUAAAUCUCUCUGUAUUUUUUGUGUGUCAAAAUUUAAAUUAUGGUAGUGGAAAAUUACGAAAUAUGCGUGUAAAUAGCAUGUACCAUCUUCUUUUUAAUAACCACACUGAUACUCGAGAUAUCGAAUUGAUAGCGCGAAAUAAGGGCAUCCGUCUGCCGACGAUACGGAAAAUAUUAGCCGAUGUGAGUAAAAAACAAUACGGUUAUGUGUUGUUUGAUGGUUGCCCUCAUUCGCCUGCCAACGCACGUGUUCGAACGGGUAUCUUGCCAAAUGAUUGUACAAUAAUUUAUGAUACAGAAAAACAAUUUGUAUAG